AUGCAGGCCGCGUCGGAGCCGGAAGUAGUGCAGCCUGACCCUCCGCCUAGUAGCGAGUCGGAAUUGCGAUCCGCAGGCGCGCCCUUCGACGACAAGGACGCGGAUAUCAUCAUUCAAUCAAGUGACAAUGUACACUUCAGAGUUCACAAACUUCUCCUGGCCAAACUCUUCUACGGGUUUGAGGACAUGCUUGGCGCAAGCACUGUGGGUACCGGCGACGUGCAAGCCUCACUGGACGGGCUACCUGUGGUGCCUCUAAGCGAGCCUGCCAAAGUGCUCUCUCCCCUUCUCCAUAUGCUCUAUCCCGUCCCAUGCCCCGACCUCAGCGACGACUGGCCAACACUUCUUACUCUCUGCAUGUCCAUGGACAAAUACGUCGCAAAGUUCUACCCAUCCGCCGUCAUCCAGGCUCUCACCAAAGUGGCUAGCACGGAGAAUGGGCCAGGUCCCGAGACAAUAUACGUGCUUGCUUGUCGCCAUUCGUCAUUACGCGGACUGGCUCUGAGCAUGGCGAGGCUCACCCUCCGCACGCCGUCACGUCUGGACCGAGUCCCUGCGACGCUACUCGUUGGACUGUCGGCAACGCAGUUCCACGCCCUCUUCGACUAUCAGAACCGUUGUCUCCGCGCCGCCCAAGAUGCCAUGGAUGCGAAGGACAUCGUCAAAUGGCUUCCCGUACCGGAGCUGCCCGGAAACAGCACCUGCGGGACCAACGGGUGCUCGUGCCUCUACGUUGACGACCUGGAUGGAUAUGCGUGGGAGAUUGAAGACGUUUUGGGGCCAGCGGAAGACGAUGUGCUCUACCGCAAGUAUCCUUGUCAGGGACGCCUCAUACAGUGGCUUAAGGCGUUCCUCGAUACCGCGCACGCAGCACUGAGGACGAACAUAUCUGGGAGUGCCGUGUCAGACACUGAACGGGUCGUGGCUGCCUUGACGGAGAUGAGCAAAUGCGAGGCGUGUCGCAAGUCGGAGGCACCGAAGCUGGUGCGAUUCGUUGAGAAACUUGCGAUGCACGUUGAUCAGGCGAUAGACGUGGUCCCCUUUCAAGGCUUGUGA